AUGACAACAAAUGAAAACAAUAAUGUACAAGCAGCAACUACUGCACCACAUAAUAAUGAUCAGGUGAUCUAUGAGGUGACAGCAUUCAUCAACUCGGAUAUGGCUGAGAAGUGGGGAAGUUGGAUCCCAAAGCACGUCAAUGAGAUAGUGUCAUUGGAGAAUGGUGCAUUGUUCACAAAGGGCGUCAUCCACAAGCUGGACAGAGACUUGCCACCUGCCACACCAACCGAAGGCGUCACAACAUUUGUCAUCCACUACUAUGCCACAUCACAAGAGGCUCUAGACAAGUACCUCAACGUCUACGGUCCACAACUGCGUCAAGAUGCCAUCAACCAGUUUGGCACUGGUCUCAAGACCAGUCGUCGUGUCUACACUGCCAUUCAAGAGAUCGAUGCCCUGCCCCAGACCAAAACAUUUGGCUACGUAUUCUAG